UCGAGGGAAGGAGUGCGGUCCGGGCGCGACGCCGACCGUCUCAAUAUAACCGCGUAUACGUAAAAUCCGACAAUCCGUCAAUGUUAGAGCCGCCGGAGGAGAUCCUAUUCUCUACUUGCCCUAUAUUGUGUAUACCAGAUUUUAAAAUACAAUAAUUAAAAGUGCAUCGCCGGAGCGGAGAGUGGCACCGAAAGAGAGAGAGAGAGAGAGAGAGAGAGAGAGAGAGAGAGAGAGAGAGAAAGCCGAGGAUAGAAGUGCAUCACCAAGCGGGAAGGUAAGCGUGCUGCGGUGCGAGAGUGAGCGAGAGCGACGGAGAGAGAAGGAGACAGGAAAACGGGACGAAACGGAGCGGAGUUAAAAGCGCCGUACGACACGCAGAAGGACAAAGACCGCGGCGUUGGCAUAACCUCCAAGUCGUCGAUCGUUCGCGCCGCGCGUUUCGGGGAUCGUUGCGCGAGUCCAAGUCACGAGGUGUUCAUCACUACGAGGAUAGAGAAAGGGAGAGAAUAUAUUUUUGCAAGUGUGCAACGCGCGCCUUCUACUAGAGCGACGAUUUAAAUACGUAUCUGGGAAAGGGAAGAGGAGACUGGAGAGAGAGAAAGCACGUGCAUCAUCAACAUCCGGCCAGCGGCAACGUCCGUCGAGCUAAAAGGUGGUCGGUAGAUCGCGAAAGUUGGAUUUAUUCAAGUUUAUUACGCGUUCUUUCGCGACACCUGGUAUACGAUUAUAACGCGUAGAUAAAUCCGUUACGUGCGUGUAGUGCGACACGAGUGCGCGCUCCGUCGGUCGGUCACGUCUGGGCGCCACGACGUAGCGGAUAUAAAUAAAAAAUAAAUAAAUAAAUAAAGAAGCCCCCAAGGCGACACACGCGAGGCCACGCGUGCACAUAUAUACACAACACGUCCGUGCGUACGGCAUCGCGAAGCACGCUGAACCGGGAGUGAAGUAGUAUAGCGCGCGAGCAUUCGGUUGAUGGAUGAGACUGGCAGGAUGCUGCAACACGGAGGAUCAAGUGUGGGUCUGAUGGGUGGAAAUCAGGGUCAGGCGGCUCAGAACACCGCCGGCUACGGCAGCAUGGGCCCGGUCGACGGCACCGCGGCUCAGGGCCCCGACCAGGCGGUCGAGGCCAGGAAACAGGACAUUGGCGAGAUCCUACAGCAGAUCAUGAAUAUCACGGACCAGAGCCUGGACGAGGCGCAAGCGAGAAAACACACCCUCAACUGCCAUAGGAUGAAGCCUGCCUUGUUUUCGGUGCUCUGCGAGAUCAAGGAGAAGACAGUUUUAUCACUGAGAAACACGCAAGAAGAGGAGCCGCCAGAUCCGCAACUAAUGAGGCUGGACAACAUGCUGAUCGCCGAGGGAGUCGCUGGACCAGAGAAGGGCGGUGGUGCGGGGGCCGCUGCAUCGGCAUCCGCGGCAGCUGCGGCUGGUCCACCCGGGCAACCGGACAACGCGAUCGAGCAUUCGGACUAUAGGGCCAAACUUGCUCAGAUUAGGCAAAUUUAUCAUCAAGAACUAGAAAAAUACGAACAGGCUUGUAACGAAUUCACUACUCAUGUAAUGAACCUGUUGAGGGAACAGAGUCGUACCAGGCCGAUUACGCCUAAAGAAAUUGAAAGGAUGGUCCAAAUUAUCCACAAGAAGUUCUCCAGCAUCCAAAUGCAGCUGAAACAGUCCACUUGCGAAGCUGUGAUGAUCCUGAGGAGUCGAUUUUUGGAUGCCAGACGUAAAAGAAGAAAUUUCAGCAAACAGGCGUCCGAAAUUCUGAAUGAAUACUUUUAUUCUCAUCUUAGUAAUCCCUAUCCAAGCGAAGAAGCCAAGGAAGAGCUCGCACGAAAAUGCGGAAUUACCGUGAGUCAGGUGUCCAAUUGGUUCGGAAAUAAGAGGAUACGCUAUAAGAAGAACAUCGGUAAAGCGCAGGAGGAAGCGAAUCUGUACGCAGCCAAGAAGGCAGCUGCAGCUUUUGCAGGAGCAUCGCCAUACAGCAUGGGCGGUGCCAGCCAAGGCACCCCGACGCCGAUGAUGUCGCCGGCGCCACCCGGAGGACCGCAGGACAUGGCCGGAUACAGCAUGGGAAUAAACGGCAGCGACUACGGUUCGCAGCCGUACAACGAUGGCUCCAUGGGAUACGAUCCCAUGCAUCAGUGAUGCGUCAGGCCGGUUUAAAAGCGCUCGCAAUCGUGUAGAAAAAUUCAAACGAAACUCUAGCCGCAACCUCUCGAUAUGAGAUAAAAGAGAAAGAGGAGCGAGAUAAAUGAGAGAAAUAUUAAAAGAGUUAGAGAUGAGAAAGAGAAAGUGCGAGCGAGAGAAAGAAAUAGAAGCUGACGAGGGCCGGUCGAGACAUCGUUUUCCAUUGCAACAAGCGCCUGAUCUCUUUCCUUAUAACUCGGUUUUUAAGUAGAAAGAGAGAAAGGUCGUAGAAGAGAUAGAGGAUUUCGGCGAGAGAUUCUAGGAACGAGAGGAGUACUCGGGGAGAGUAUUGUUAGGAGAGAUUCUCUCCGGUUCGCGAGGUGCCAGUUCCGCUCUGAUCUAACUCAUCGAUAGUGCAAUAUGUACGCAGGCAGAUCCGCGUGUCUAUGUGUUCCGAGGACGUUUCGAAAUUUUUACUUCGAACCUGUGCUUCGCAGAGGCGUUCCGACGACAACGAGAUUGUCGCGUGUUUACUGCAGAAGAAGAUCCCCACGCUCCGUAGACUCGAAAAAUAGAAUUUAUUUUCGAACUAAGCUGUGCAUGGGAAGGACUGCGUGCGUCGCGACGCAUGUUAAAGAUGUGAACGCGAUAAAGUCGAAACUCGUGCAAAGUCUAAGCGCAAGGGAGCGACAACAACCUCUAAAUGACUCGGCGAAAUUUGCUGUGGAAAUUUGUUGCGAACGACGCUGAGAAGAAUAGAAAUUUCGGUGUUACGGAAAGAAAGAGUGAAACUUGGCUAUCCGGGAUAUCCUGAUAUCAAGUAUCAAAGAUCUCAUUCAAUGUACGUAGUUGAGAAUGAUUACCUCUUUUAUCAACUUCUCUUGUAUUGAUCUAUCAUCCUGAAGAAUACGUCGACAUUGGAAGAAUUGGAAAACGCAACGACGAGUCGAGCAGACCGAGCUUUUGGAUCUUUCUGGGUGUUCCAUAUCGAAUUUCGUACACAUCGAGAUGACACGCACUCCGAGCUAAAGCGGAAGACUUUUUGUCCGUGCGUUUAUUAUACCCUCCAGAAAGACGGUCUCGUCUUCGAGCUCUUCCCUUAGGAUUAGAUCUCGCUAAGUGUGCAAUAAGAUUUUGAUAUUGGGACUAUUCUUUUUCUCCUUUUUUUUUUAGGUUGUAGAGAUACGUUAGAUAGACCGUUUGUUGUAUAGAUAGUACAAGUUUUGGUGGCAGCAAGCGAUAAGUCUUAGUUUCGAUUGUUAGUGGAUCGCGACGAGUGUCUCGGACGGGUGGUAAGGAGUGCGAACCGCUACUUUUAACACCGAUAUUCUUCCAAUUGCGAGAGAAUUCGGAAAACAGGACCUUGAAAUUAUUCGCGCGCGAAAAACGUUUCUGUUGCCUUCCUCCUCUUUUUCGGCGUCUGAAAGAUCAACAUCGGAAGACCAGUGAAUCAUACAAAUCUAUAUCCGUUUGUACAUAAAUAUGGCAGCAUACACGCACCCUACGCAUUACGCGCGGUUUCAUAUGUCGCUCUUUACACGGCUUUCGAUACUUAAUUCUUAGAGAUUUACUUAAAGGCAGCUCUUUACACAUACAUACACACAUACACACACAGUUUUUCACACGUAUAAUAUGUAUAUAUAGCCUGAUAGAAGGAAAACAAGGCAACAUUGGAGUGUAUCUUAUAGUUGAAGAGAUACUAGGGCAGAUAGUUUUCGUGACAUGCAUGGCUGCAUGUAGAGUUUCAAGACACGAGAGCCUCCGAAGCGAAAAAGUCACUGUCUAUCUUUGGACGCGAUCUUAAAGUACGCUUUUGCAAGUCACGGAAGAUUAGGAAACUUAGUUUGUCAACGCUCAUUUGAUCUAAAAAAACGUCGCGAAUUACGAUAAUGCUAUUUUCUGAGGCCCACGUGUAUAUUGGUUUUACAAGGUAGUAUGUGUGCGCGCCUUUGUCUUGAUCUGAGAGAAUGAGAGAGAAAGAGAGUUGAUUGGUUGGAGUUGUUUGAAUGAAUAAGCAAAAGAUCGAAAGAUGGAAGAAAAAAGUAUGACAGAGGGAGUGAAUGGAAUCAAAAAUUUCAUUGUAGCUCGUUUUGCAGAGUUCAAAAUUUCGCGUAGACAGUAGAAUAGACGCUGGCUCGUUGCAUUGGCGAGUUCGGAAGGAUUUCCCAAUAUCCGAGUUAAGUUUCGUGGACGAAACUGAAACAAGUGUCCUGAAUCCUUUCGAGAUGCGGGUAACGAGAGACAAGUGAACGCAAGUAAUAACGCGAAACAGUUUCAAGAUAUCGAGUUUCGCUGACUGUUCGAGCCGCACUAUAAAUUCGAGUAUCGGAUCUACUUGAAAUUUUCGCUAGAAAUUUUUGUAAUAAAUAUAGAAGGUAAAAUAUCUCUGUUUCUCGUUUCCGUAUAGCCGAUGCAACGUGGCUGAGCUUGAAGAAGGUUCGGCAUACUCGCCGAAGCGGGUAAAUCGAACGUUCUCCUUAGAGAGCGAAGCGCGAAGCGAAGCAAGUCUUUUUUUUUUUAUCGGGUAUCGAGGCGAGGCUUAGUGACCAAUGACACGCUAUUUUGUCGCCAUCCUGCAGGGGAUAAAGACAGAGGGCUAAAAAUCAAUUGCAAAACAAAAACAAACAAUCGAAAAACAUGACGCAGGGCAAGGCAUUGGCUGGGGGGCCAGGCGCGGCGGGAUGGAUGCAACAGCGCGAGGCGGUGCCCGAAUUUCCGCCUCUCCACGA